AGCAGGAAACGAGACCAAGAUACAGAAAGAAAGAACUAGUAGUGCACCUUCUUCCCCAUUUCCCCCUUUCUAUUUCCUUUCCUACUUAAACCCCCUCCUCCUUCCUCCUCUCCCUUCAUCUAAAUCCUUCCAUCCCCACUCUUCCACCAUGUGCACCGGCCCUACUAAGCCGUCUCCUCCUCCUUCCCCUCCUUCCGGGCCUCUAUCCAUGGCUGUUGAUGUCGUCAAGGAUCGUUUUGCUCCGUUGCUUCUCGAACUCGCUGCUUUUGAUGACCUUCUUGGUUUCAGGAAGCUUGUUGAAGAUGAAGGUGCGGCCAUCGAUGUUGCUGCUCCUUGGUAUGGUCGAUCUUUUGGUUGUUCUCGCCGGAUGAGACUAGAUCUCCGUUCGCCUCUACAAAUCGCCGCGCUUUAUGGUAGCACCUCUGUUCUUGAAUAUAUCCUUACGUUUUUUCCGGCGGCGAUCGAUGUGAAUCGACCUUUUGGGUCUGAUUCUGCGACUGCGCUCCAUCUUGCUGCUGGUGGUGGUUCGGCUUCUUCUGUUGAUGCUGUUAGGUUGCUUCUCGCUGCGGCUGCUGAUGUUGAGGUUGUUGAUGGUGGGGGUAACCGUGCGGCGGAGCUUAUACCUAGACACUUGCAUGCCUCUGUUUCUAUGGUUAAGAGUCUGGAGACUCUCUUGAAGGCUUCGUGCCCGUGCCCUAGGGUUUCGUCGCCGUCAAAGGAGGUGGAGGCGAAGAUGGGUGGGGAGAAGAAGGAAUACCCGCUGGAUCUCACGUUGCCGGACAUCAAGAAUGGGAUCUAUGGAACGGAUGAGUUCCGGAUGUAUAGCUUCAAGAUCAAACCUUGCUCGCGCGCUUACUCGCAUGAUUGGACGGAGUGCCCCUUUGUUCACCCCGGUGAGAACGCGCGCCGUCGUGACCCAAGAAAGUACCUUUAUAGCUGUGUUCCUUGCCCCGAGUUCCGUAAGGGAUCGUGCCGCAACGGAGAUGCUUGCGAGUAUGCUCAUGGGGUGUUUGAGUGCUGGCUUCACCCGGCGCAGUAUCGCACUCGGUUAUGCAAGGAUGAGACCGGCUGUAAUCGGCGUGUCUGCUUCUUUGCUCAUAAGACGGAGGAGCUCCGGUCGGUGAACCCGUCAACGGUGUCCGCUUCUGGGUUGGUGGUAUCCUCUCCUAGAUCAGCAACUUCAUCUCUCGGUGUCUCCUCUCUGGACAUGGCGACCGCGAUGAUGCUGAUGCAACCAAGCUCGCCCUCUACAUCAUCGGCGCUUGCUGCGUCGGCUUGGCUGAACCAGUCCGGUGGCGGUGCUGUUACUCCGACGUUGCAGCUCCCGAGCAGUCGGCUGAAGUCUACGCUGAGCGCCAGAGACAUCCAACUGGACCUUGAUUUGCUGGCUCUUGAUGGGUACCAGCACAAGGUCAUGGAUGAACUUUCAGUGGCUUCUCCGAGGACCAGUUGGAGCACAAACACUUUGGCUGCAAGCCGGCCAUCAGACUACAGCGACCUCUACGGGUCUCUCGAUCCAUCUCUGCUAACUCAAUUGCAAGGCCUUUCUAUGAAACAGGCUUCAGGAACUCAAUUCCAAUCACCAUACUCUGGAAAGCUGCCAUCUUCCCCAUCAGUCCGUGGUUCUCCCUCUAUUUCUGGGCUCGAUCACUCACUGGCAACUGCUAUCAUGAAUUCAAGAGCUUCUGCGUUUGCAAAGCGGAGCCAGAGCUUUAUUGACCGUGGUGCGGUGGCUCGCCAGUCCACCCUUGCUCCGACAUCAACUGCAGUUGCUCCGGCAAUGGGCUUCUCUGAUUGGGGCUCACCUAGUGGUAAAUUAGAUUGGGGUGUUCACGGAGAGGAGCUUAACAAGCUGAGGAAGUCUGCAUCUUUUGGUAUCCGGAGCAAUGGAAGCAGUUUUGCUGGCUUGGCCUCUGGUGCCCCUGCAGCACAAGGCUUUGAUGAGCCAGACUUGUCUUGGGUUCAGUCCUUGGUUAAGGAUGGACCAUCUGCCCCAGGUUCUCUUAGUUUGGAGCAGCAGCAGAAGCUCUAUGGGCUUAAUGGAGGAGGUGAAUUCCAUGCCUCAGAGAUGCUCCCUGCUUGGGCAGAGGAGCCAAUGGUUGCCUGAUCAAACUACCUACAGUCCUAACAAGUUCUUUAGUUUGUUCUCAUAUUAUUUUAUUCAAGCAAAUUUAAUCUUAGCAGAGACUGUCCACGCAUGCCUGAAGGAGGUCUGAACUGAUGGCAAAGGGACAGUCUUUUUAUGUUCUUUCAUUCAUAUAUAGUUUUAGUUAUAUUAUCAAAAGAGAAGAAGAAGAAGAAGAAGAAGAAGAAGCAACAAGAGAGAGAGAAGGAAAAGGCUUGUGAAAGCUGAUAAUUUUAUUUUAUUUUUUCUGAGGUCUUUCACUGAUAGACCAAAAAGCACAUCACUUUGCUCGUUGUUGUUGUAAGGCAGAGUGAGUGGCUUCUUUAUCAAAAGGCCAAGUGUGUGUUUGUAUAAAUGUAUAAUUUGAUACUCUAUCUAAUGUCCAUAUUUCUUUCCA